CACACAGCUUGAGCAGACACAACCACUUCUAAGCGGGUUCUCUCUGUUCAAGCAACCACCCUUUUCUCUCUCUCUCAAUCCAGUUACCUCUCUUCUUUGUGCCUCUUUUGUCAGGUACUGUUAUUCUUCUCUUUCUUCAUUUUCUUUUAGCUUUCAUUUGAGUUGUUUCGGUUCGGUGCUGUGCUGUGCUGUGCUGCACGUGUUUUUCUCUCUGUAGAUCCAAGGGUUCAAGUUUGGAUUUUGGGCUUCUGGGUUGGUUUGUUUUGCUUUUUCCUCAACUGGGUCGGUCUUGGUUUCUUGAACCCGGUUUAACUGAAUGUUGUUGUCUGGAGUAGAAAUCUGAUCUGCAUUUUGACUUGCUAGUUUCUCCGGUUGUGAUGGAAUUCGCUUUUGGGAAUUUAGAUCUGGAUAAUUGAUGUGCUUUUGGUGCCAUUUUUCAUCUAGUUUGUGACAAUUUCUCAGUGAAUUUUGUUUUUCUUGAUUUGGUGAGAUUUGGUAGGUUCCUACAGCGGGUACAAUGUGUGUGUUGUGCUGGAUUUAGCGAAAGAGCAAAUUUUGAACUUGAAUUUUGGUGGGAUUUGUUGAUUCUAGUGUUCUAGCUGAUUUGGGAGGCAUGAUUUGAAAUGGUUAUUAAAGAUGGCCAUGGAGACAUUCCUAUUCACAUCUGAAUCAGUGAACGAGGGACACCCUGACAAGCUAUGUGAUCAGAUCUCUGAUGCUGUGCUCGAUGCUUGCUUGGAACAAGACCCAGAUAGCAAGGUUGCUUGUGAAACCUGCACCAAGACCAACAUGGUGAUGGUCUUUGGAGAGAUCACAACCAAAGCCAACGUUGACUAUGAGAAGAUUGUGCGUGACACUUGCAGAAACAUUGGGUUUGUGUCCGAUGAUGUUGGUCUUGAUGCUGACAACUGCAAGGUCCUUGUCAACAUUGAGCAACAAAGCCCUGAUAUUGCUCAGGGUGUGCAUGGCCAUCUCACAAAGAGGCCUGAGGAGAUUGGUGCUGGUGACCAAGGUCACAUGUUUGGCUAUGCCACUGAUGAGACCCCUGAACUCAUGCCAUUGAGUCAUGUUCUUGCCACCAAGCUUGGGGCUCGCCUCACUGAAGUGCGCAAGAAUGGAACUUGCCCUUGGUUGAGGCCUGAUGGCAAGACCCAAGUCACUGUUGAGUAUUUCAAUGACAAGGGUGCAAUGGUUCCUAUCCGUGUCCACACUGUGCUUAUCUCUACACAGCAUGAUGAGACAGUGACAAAUGAUGAAAUUGCUUCUGAUCUCAAAGAGCAUGUUAUCAAGCCUGUGAUCCCUGAGAAGUACCUUGAUGAGAAGACCAUUUUCCACCUUAACCCUUCUGGUAGGUUUGUCAUUGGUGGUCCUCAUGGUGAUGCUGGUCUCACUGGCCGCAAGAUCAUCAUUGACACUUAUGGAGGAUGGGGCGCACACGGUGGUGGUGCUUUCUCAGGAAAGGACCCAACAAAAGUUGAUAGGAGUGGAGCUUACAUUGUGAGACAAGCUGCUAAGAGCAUAGUUGCAAAUGGACUCGCUAGAAGGUGCCUUGUGCAAGUGUCUUAUGCCAUUGGUGUACCUGAGCCUUUGUCUGUCUUUGUUGACUCAUAUGGCACUGGAAAGAUCCCUGACAAGGAAAUCCUCAAAAUUGUGAAGGAGAACUUUGAUUUUAGGCCUGGCAUGAUCUCUAUCAACCUUGAUCUCAAAAGGGGUGGCAGGUUCUUGAAGACUGCUGCUUAUGGACAUUUUGGUAGAGAUGACACUGACUUUACGUGGGAGGUUGUGAAGCCUCUCAAGGGGGGAAAGGUGCCUGCUUAAGUGGUUCCAAAGUUCAUCAUAGCAGGGACUUUUGCAUGUGCCUAUUGGCUUCCUAGUAUCUCUGAUUAUUAAAAUUUUAUCCAUGUCUCUUUCCCCUCCUCUCAUACUUCUGUUUUGUUUUGCUUUCUGUAUUUUUUUUUUUCAAUUUUUUUUUUGUGUACUUGUAUGUGUUCGCUCAGAACAUAUAUAUUUUACAUGAUAAAAAAAAAAUGUUCUCUCAGGAUUUAUGCUCAAAAUAUGUAAUAAUCUCUAAUUAAAGGGAGUAUAAAAUUUUAUGUGACUUGCUGCACUUUCAAUGAAUUUGUGCAUUUUCUGAUUUACUAGGAAAAUUUUAUAUAUGUGAAUAUACUACAGUUCUCAAUGACUUUUAUGUUCAUUUUAACACACCAAUUAACAGCCAAGCAAACCUUGUCGGUUGUGGCACUUUGUGCUCAUCAAUCAAUGCCAUAAAAGAAGAUAUUAUGAACUGGCAAAUGACAAUUGUACAAGUUUGCAUGCUGUAAAAGUGUUGCUAUUUUGAUUGCCAAGUGAUAAUUGAGCGCAAUAGAUCAGAAGAAUUUGAUUAAAGACAACUUAUUUGUUCGGUGACUGUUUCCUAUGGUCCGGUGAAUGUGUAGAUGAGUGUGGUAAUUGAGAUUGGACUAGUUAUUUUGUGAGAUAAAUAAUUUUAUAUUAUGUAAUUUGAUGUAGUUUAAAUACUAUAUUCAAAUUUAUAUUAAUUAUUUGUUUAACCUUUUAAAAUAAAAUUUUAUUAGUUCUUUUUAAGUUGAGAUUAUUUAUUUUGAGAUAAUUUAAUGACUAUUUGGUUUACAAUUAAAUAAAUUAAUUUAAAACUGUUGAAUAUUUGAGACAUGUAAAUUAAUUCGAGUCAUAAUUUACUUUUAAUUAAAAAUGUGUGUUGUAUUGAGAAGUACAAAAAGUGGCUCUUCAACUCUAAAUAAAUGAUUUUUUUAGCCUAUGUAUAAUAAUACGCAAUAAUUUGAAUCACAUAUUCUUAUUAAAACGGAUGUUUUAUAUUGUAAAUUACAAAAAUUGAUUCUUCAGUUUUAAAUAAAAAAUUUCUUUAACCUGUGUUCAAGAAUAUAUGAUUCAAAAAUUAUAAUUUUUAAUAAAAAAUAUUAUUUAAAAUUUGUAUUAUAUUAAAUAAAUCAAUAAGCAAACUAGUACUUAGACAAAUCCGUGGUAAUUACACUUUUGUUGUUUCUCAAGUCAAAAGCACGUUCCCUGCUAAGAAACAAGUCACAAGCACAGUGAUGCUUCGCAUUCGAUAAGUGAAGUCAGUGCUUGGUUGGUGGGAACAGUACCAAUGCAGUUUAGGCCAAUUUUCAAAAGAUCCUGUCCAUUGCAAGUACGAUUUUGUGGGAGCACUUUCAUGUUUUCUGUGGUAAACAAUUCAAAGAAUAAAAUUGGAAGGAAUAAAAAACCUGAAAUAGAUUUUUCUUUCUAUUAAACAAUAAUUUUGGUUCAUAUUAUUUUUAAAAAAACAAGUAAAAUUUCAUUUAGAUUCUUAAUAUACAUAAUUAUCAAUCAUUUUAGUUUCUAUUAUUUUAUAAUUUACCAAAGUAAAAGAAAAUUACAAAUAAUUGAAACAGUCAAUUCAAACAUCACAGUUUUUUUUUAACUUUCAUUUUUUUAAUUAUUUAAUCUACUAAAGCAUAUCGUGUCAUAACUUCACCAACAGUAGUAGAAUUAGUAAAAGAAAAUUACGAAAAAUUGAAACAAAUUUUGUUGGCAAACAAUAAUUUAAACAAGUUUUAUUCACACUAAAAUCACUUCACAUUCUGGUGCUGUCGUUUGCAGCAGUGGACCCGAAUGGGACAAAAAAAAAGGGUUAUCUUUCAGCUGCAAACUAGGCCAAUGAGCCAUGAAAAUAUGAUGAGGUGUGAAAAAACAAAGAAAACGAUCCAAAGAAAAUAACGAGUAAAGAACAUUUUCUUUGGCAGAGUGAGUAGAAAACAACAAUGGAUCACCUUAUAAAAACAGGUGGAACUAUCAAAACCACUUGUUUAGAUUUAAUGCUGAGCAAAGGAACAAAAAUGGUGGAUGCAGAGAAAUAAUGGUUUUUUCUUCUUCGUAAUGAUUUUGCAUAUUGCCACGAU